GAGAGAGGAAAAACAAAAAAUGGUGGAUUGAAAGGUAAGGAUACACACUUGAGUCCCUGCAAUGAUAUUUUCACUGGAGAGAAACCUUUCCAAAAAAAAAUACAGUGAAGUCGAAACAGAGGCUUUAUUUCAAUACUAGUGUUGGCGCCGUCACGUUUGUGUCUCUGCUCUGCCAGUGUUGUGUCGUUGACACACUCACUCUUCAAUGGAACCAAUUUGCUCUAUUACAUCGGCUUGUGCCACUCAAAUCUCUGCACUUCUUUCUCCUCCCUCACCUAACCAAAUUCAGGAAUAUUAUCACAACAUUUUCUCUUCAACGCACUGCAAUAGCAUCACUGUCAAACAAGAUGACAACUUUGGAAAAGGUCUCUAUGCUGCAACGGACUUCAAAGAGGAUGAACUUGUUCUCAAGGACCAAAUGCUUGUUGGGGCUCAACACUCUUUCAACAAGAUUGAUUGUUUUGUCUGUAGCUUCUGCUUUCGUUUUAUCGGUUCCAUAGAAACUCAAAUUGGUAGGAGGCUUUACUUGACACAAUUAAGGGCCAAUGAGAGUCAUGAUUGUGAUGAAGGCAGCUCUUCAAAGUCUUCGAAAAACUAUCAUCAAAUGGAUUCAUCUGAUGAAGAGGAGAGCACUUGGCAAUGCAGUUCUGGUAGUUCCAAAACUAAAGUUCCUCUCCCUGAAGGUGUUGUCGAAUCAUUGAUGAAUGGCCAAUUGAAAUUGCCUUACUCUGAGAAGUUCUCCUUGCCUCCAGCUGUUCCGUGCCAUGGUGGAUGUGGAGAAGCUUACUACUGCAGCAUGUCAUGUGCAGAGGCUGAUUGGGAAUCCUCCCAUUCUUUACUCUGUACUGGUGAGAGUUGUGAUCCAAGACGUAGGGAGGCACUACUUAAAUUCGUGAAACACGCUAAUGAAACAAAUGAUAUAUUUCUCCUUGCUGCAAAGGUCAUUUCUUCUACCAUAUUAAGGUACCGCAAGUUAAAAGCAAAUUGUCUUGCAGAGAAAGGGAAAAAUGUGGCAUCCUGUGUUCCAGACCACCCUAAUUUCUCCCUUCUUUUGGAAGCUUGGAGGCCUAUAACAAUGGGAUACAAAAAAAGGUGGUGGGACUGCAUUGCAUUACCAGAUGAUAUUGAUUCUUCCGAUGAAGCGUCAUUCAGGAUGCAAAUAAAAGAGUUGGCAUUCGAGUCUCUCCAACUUCUUCAGACAGCAAUAUUUGACAAGGAAUGUGAGCCGUUAUUCUCCCUUGAAAUCUAUGGACAUAUCAUUGGCAUGUUUGAGCUGAAUAAUCUUGAUUUGGUUGUUGCUUCUCCCUUGGAGGAUUACUUUUUAUACAUCGAUGAUAUGAAGAAUCCUGACAAGGAAGAAGCUGAGAAAAUUACACAACCAAUUCUAGAUGCUCUAGGUGAAGAUUAUUCUACUAGUUGCGAAGGAACUGCAUUUUUUCCUUUGCAAAGCUGUAUGAAUCAUUCAUGUUGUCCUAAUGCCAAAGCUUUCAAAAGAGACGAGGAUAGAGAUGGUCAAGCAACAAUAAUUGCACUGAGGCCCAUCUGUAAGGGAGAAGAGAUAACAAUUUCAUAUGUUGAUGAAGACCUUUCAUUUGAGGAGAGACAAGCAUCCCUUGCAGAUUAUGGUUUUAGAUGCAGGUGUCCAAAAUGCAUUGAAGAAGAACCAUAAUGCUAUGCUAUGACCCUAUGCAAACAUUCAUAUAUAACAGAAUCCAACGGUUUUACAAGAUAGUGCGAUGCAUUUCUUAAUUCUUAACUAUCACUUAGUUAAAAUGCAAGGGAAAGAGGAGGAAUGCAAGGUUCAACAGUGAAUUUUACCAUGUGGUUUCGCCAAUUUUUUGUUUCCUUGCAUGAAAAUAGGGAAUCAAGCAUUGGUUUUUGUAGCAUCUUUACGCGUAUUUUUGUUAAAUGGAAAAGCUAUAGUUUGUGACUAUUCAUUUAAUA